UUUUCAAAAACACACGUCACGUCAACCAACUUCGCCACCGCACUCGUCGCUAUCGGUCGGUGAGUGGGUGUGCCUGCCUGUCGCCGGUCGCCGGGACCAGAUUUCGCUAACGCAGAGACGAGAGACGACUGAGAGGGCGGCGAUUGAGAGUGCAGAGUGCUCAGGCAUUUGACUUCAUCCUCGCUGCUGUGCUGCCGCACAAUCGCCUACAGCGAUGGAGGACCGAUACAUGGGUGACAGUAUAGAAAGGAAGAACAUCCAUGGUUUUGCAGCUAUGGUUGUCAUAGCUGUUUUAUUACUGAGGAACUUUUUGUUGAUUCACUCAUGGCAGGAUUUCAUUGCAGUCACUGUAUUGCCCAGUCUUCCAAUAAUCUCGACAAUUUUGAUUUGGCGAAUUUGCUUGUUUCUAAGUGAAUUACCUCAUGCCAUAGAUAUAUGCUCUGGCAGCUACUUAACUUUACUUAAGAGAACAAUGUUCUUUAACAGUGCUUCAAAAGUUGUCAUAUUAAUUACAAUUGCUUUAUUCCCAACACUCUUCCAGGAAUUUUCUUUGAAUGAGACAUUUUUAAGGAUUGUGCAAUUGUAUGGACUAUCACCAUGGCUUUUCUCCCUUUGUGCAUCUUUUCUUAUUUUCAUUGUUUGUCGUUGGGAGGAAUGUGUUACAUGGGAGGCACUCACAAUGAAACGUUUAGAUGGUCUUGACUAUGGCUCUGGAAUGGCACAUUCCUUUUUUCAUGGAUAUUUGAAGUUGAUCCUUCCUGCCAAAGGAGAUAACAACAAAAGUCUUCGUGACAGAAUAAAUGACUACAUAGAAAAAGAAAAUUUGACUGAUGAGCAUUUCCCUGUCAAGAAGCUAAUAGUUUUUAUACCUAGAUCAGGAUACUCGCAUCCAACUUUUAGUGAUGUCCCAUCACAGAAAGCAAGUGACAGAGAUGUUGAACCUGCUGAGAGAUUGCAAGACCAUCUACGAGAUAGGGCAGGAACACGGGCAAGAUGUUAUCGUGGUGGGGCAUAUCGCGUACGUGUACGAUCUGGAAAUCAGGUUUCAGCAUUAUAUGCAAUAGCAGAGUAUGCUACAUCUGUGUUGACAUUCCGAGAAGCCUACUCAACUGGUUCCCAUGAAGCUGGACGGUUGCGCGAACACAAGCAUGAUGUUACCUCCAAUUUCUACAGGACUCUCCGAUAUCUAAUCGAUCAUGAUCCAGAUUGUCGAGAUUUGGUAGCAUUAAUUUACUUUGAUGAUGAAGACCUUUCUACCGGGAAGGAUGUCAUAUCACUCUUGCAAGAGUUUUUGCUUCAAAAUUGCACUGCCUUGCCAUGAUUUUGAUGAUUUUGACCUACUGUAUCAGUUAUAAAUUUGACUACAUACAAAUAAAAUAAUAACAAAUGUUUAAA